UCGGUUGGGUACUUUUUGUGAUUUGCUGCUCAUUAUUUAUCAGCAGAUAUAUUAUUAGUAAAUUAAAGAAUCUCCAGUAAACAGUCGUCCUCUUAUUAAUGCUAUCAGUGCUAACCCAAUUUGACGCUAUAAACACAUCGCCGCGCCAUGUUAGUUCUUGGUGCAAUUGUAGCUGUUGCAGUGGUUCUUCUAACGCCCUUGUUAAACUGGUAUUUAAAUUAUUCGAAGUACGCGUGUUUACGAAAUGUCCCUGGCCCCAAGCCUUUUCCGGUAAUUGGAAACGCAAAGGACGUUGAGAAUACUCCGAAAGGCUUACUUCAUUCGUUCAUGAAGCUACAGAAGAAAUAUGGAUCAUUCUACAAACUAUGGCUAGGGCCCAGAUUACACUUAAUGGUUUCAAAGCCGGAAUAUCUGGAACAGUUGCUGAACUCCAAUGUUCAUUUAAGUAAAUCUGAUGGGUACGAUUUGUUCAAACCCUGGUUAGGUGAUGGAUUAUUAGUUAGUACAGGUACGAAGUGGAGAAGCCGCAGGAAAAUGAUUACUUCAACUUUCCACUUCAAAAUUUUGGAAGAAUUCAUGAAGGUUUUCAAUAAACAGUUCAAUAUUCUUAUCGACCUGGUGACCAAAGAAGUUGAAAACAACCCAAAUACUCCAAAAGAAAUUCACAGCUUUAUAAAUCUUGCAUCUUUGGAUGCCAUUUGUGAAACUGCAUUUGGCACCCCCAUCCGUGCACAAUUUAAAGGAAACCCUAAAUACGUAGAGGCGGUCACGGGAUUCCUUGAAAUCUUCACGAUGCGGUUUUUCUCGGGCUGGCUCAGAAACCCAAUUUUAUUCAGACUGUCGCCUUAUUAUAAGACAUACAAAGAGUAUCUCACUAUACUGCACAAUUUCACUGAUAACGUUAUUAAGGAACGUCAAAGGGAAUUCAAAAGCAAAAAAGAUGGCAAGGAAGGCGAUGACGGCGUUAAGAUUAAGGCUGCGCUUCUGGAUAUGCUGCUGGAGGCAACUUAUAAUGGAAAGGAGCUAACUAAUAAAGACAUAAGGGAAGAGGUGGAUACUUUUAUGUUUGAGGGUUACGAUACGGCAGGCGUAGCGAUCUGCUACACCCUCUACGCCAUUUGUCAGAAUAAUGAAAUUCAAAAGAAGAUCUAUGAAGAAUUACAAGAGGCUUUCGGAAAUGAUAUUGACUCGGAUAUUAGCACGUCUCAAAUAAAUGAGUUGAAGUACUUAGAUAUCGUGGUAAAGGAAGCAUUAAGAUAUUAUUCUCCCGUACCUCUUAUAGAGAGGAUGUUGGAAGAUGACUGGAUUGUUGAUGGCACAAAGAUACCAAAGGGAACAACUAUAUCUAUAUUUAUAUACGGAAUGAACCAUGCACCAGAAGUGUUCAGUGAGCCUGAAAAAUUUGAUCCUGAAAGAUUCCUGCCCGAAAAACAAUCCUUAAGGCACAAUUACGCUUAUAUUCCUUUCAGCGCUGGACCAAGGAAUUGCAUAGGGCAAAAAUAUGUUAUGUAUGAGCUCAAAACAUGUAUUAUUAAAUUUUUAAUGCAUUUCGAACUCAUACCCGAUCCGGAUUUUAGACCAGAUAUUGGAAUGUCUUCAGUUUUAAAAUCUAAGAAUGGCAUUAGAAUGAAAUUAAAAUUAAGAAAACAUUAGAGUUUGUUCUAUUCAAAGAUCAACCGGAUUAUUUUUUAAGGAUACUUGAAGACAUUUUGUUGGUUCCAAAUUGGGAUAAUUACAGUUUGGAAUUUUUUACUGGAAAUUCAGCAGAUGGUACAUAACCUUUAUGUUACAGUGUACCUACUUAUGGAUAGCAUAUUUCAAUUUAUUGGAUAUCUUAUAGGUAUUAUUUCUUGUGUUCUUAUUCGGGCAAGUAGAAUUAGGUAUUAACAACUCUGUUGAAUUUUGUCUUACUUAACAAUUUCUUUAAAUAAACAAAUUUCAAAUGCAAAUAACUUCCGCUUUGAAGUAUGUUUUACAUUGUUUUAGGUUUUUAAGUAAUGACUAUAUGUGCUAAUAUAAAUAUUUACAGUAUGUACGUUUACUUCAUGUUAUAAUAAACUUAUGU